AUGGCACCCACCUCGAGCCGGGUCUGUUUCUAUGGUUAUCAGGAUCCGCUGAUCGACGAUGUGGAGAUCAUGGUGGAGCGGGCCAUCGAGCACAAUGCCCGAAAUGCAUUGAUCACAGUCCCGUUAGAAUCCAACUACAAUCGUCCCGACCAUCAGCAGCCGGGCGGUCACUUAUACUACCAGCCUGAUAUAUUUUCCAGUCGGCUCUGGCUGCCCGGCAGCCAGUUGAAAAUUGGCUUCCUGGCAGGAACCGACUGGCAGCGAGAUCAGGUCAAAAGAUACGCUCCCCAGUGGACCCAGUACGGAAACAUCAGCUUCAUCUUUCUUACGGAUACCGAUAUGGCAUCAAUAACGCCCGAUAUCCUCGUCGGUUUCGAUUCCUCAAAGGGGUCAUGGGCCUGUCGGGGAACCGAUUGUCGAUAUUUCAGCUCCAGGGGACAUGUGUCCGUGAAUCUGGGAUGUAUUCUCCAGCAAAGGUCUCAGGUAGACAACGCUGCCACCGUCUUGCACCAAUUUGGACAUGUUCUUGGCUUGGUCCAUGAACACGCAAGUACCCGGACAUUGAUUCCAUUGAUCGAAGAACGCGUCCAUGAGGAUCUUGGCAGUCCGCCCAGCAACUGGGACGAGGCCCUGAUAGAGCGGAUCUGUCCCACGCACCAUGACCAUUCGAGCGUUCAAAAGCCAGCUUUCGACAGUUGUUCCAUCAUGUUGAAGUACUAUCCCCAUACUUGGGUGAAGCAUGGCCACUGCCCUAGAUUCAACAUCGCUAUCUCAGAACUUGAUAAAGACUACAUCAGAUUCUACUAUCCCCACCAGAAUCCAGGGAUUGGAAACUUUAAUACCCUAGAGUUGACCCGAAAUAUCACACACCUGCCACUCUAUACAAAAGAAAUAUCCUUCCAACAAAAAGAUCAAUAUCUUCACGGUAUCAUCGUCGGUUUACAUUGGUUUGAUACUGAAAGCUCCUGCACCCUACGGAUCAGGGUCAAGGCAGUCGUGAAGGAUCAGCAGACGUUGACCCCAAGCAUCAGUACCUGGGCUGACUCGGCAAUUUAUUCUGCGGGAAUAAGUUGGCUGGGGGUGGGACCGAAACUUGGAUUCCUGCAGCAUGGAAUAUGCACAGCCGAGCUUACGGCUGCGAGUCCCCGUCCAGUAAACCCCACACUUGUUGAAUUCUCGACACCCUUCCGCACGCCGCCAAAAGUGAUAUGCUUUCUGCAAGACAUCGACAUGGAUUCUAACGAUAAUUGGCGCAUUAAAGCAUACCCAUCCGACAUCACACCACAAAGCUUCAAGAUCAACAUUGACCCAGGGGCAGGGACUAUUCUCCACGAAGCAAGCGUCGGUUGGCUGGCGUAUCCGGCCGAAACUGUAGGGGUUGCAAGCGGCCGAAUCGAUACGAAUGAUCUGAGGUCCUGGAACGAUACUCAGCAACACAAUGCUUCAUGUACAUCAUUCAGCAAGCCCUUUUCAAAAAUUCCCAAUGUGUUCGUGGUUCUUGAUUCUUUUGACUACGAUGGGGAUCAGAACCCACGCCUUCGAGUGAGUACUUCACUGGUAACGCCGGAUGGAUUCAACUGGAGUUUGCAAUCCUGGGCGGACUCGAUUAUGUAUCAAGCCGGGGCGAGUUGGUUUGCAUGGGAGGACUGA